GAGCAGAUGACAGACCCUCUUACCCUGGUGCCACAGCAGUUGCCUUUUUAGGAGACACCUGAUCGCAGCUCAGCACUGCCACACAAAGAGCUGCUGAUAACGCCUGGAGCGAGUUCAGAUGAUGAAGCCAUGCAGGAGUAAACAGAGGGCUGGGCUUCCAGAGCCGCACACAUGCAGCUGUUGUGUCUGCGCUGAAUAAAGUCACCUCCAGCCGUUCAGGAGCCCAAUUUGAUGCUGUAGGAUCUCUGGCACCUUCAUGGAAAAGUUCCAGGCUGCAAUGGUUCUCGGAGGAGUGGGAGAUGCCCUGGGAUACCGCAAGGGCCGGUGGGAAAUGUGUAUCUCAGGGAAACAGAUUCAGCAGGAACUAGCCACUCUCGGGGGUCUUGGAGCCUUGAAGCUAGACGCGGAUAACUGGCCGCUCAGUGACGGAGUCCUGAUGCACAUGACCACUGCAGAGGCCCUGAUCACUGAUUACUGGUGUCUGGAGGAUCUGUACCGGGAGCUGGUGCGGCUCUAUGUGGAGGCCAUGGUGUGUCUGCAGGGUCGAGUUCCAGAGCCCAGUACUGUGGAGGGAUGCGUAAACCUCAAGCCACACAACUUCCUGUUAGCCUGGCACACGCCAUUCAAUGAGAAAGGUUCUGGUCACGGAGCUGCGACUAAAGCCAUGUGUGUGGGUAUGCGCUACUGGCAGCCAGAGCGGCUGGACAAUCUGGUUGAAGUGAGCAUAGAGACGGGCCGAAUGACCCACAAUCACCCCAUAGGGUUCCUGGGCUCUCUGUGUACGGCUCUCUUCGCCUCAUAUGCCAUCCAGGGUAGGCCGCUGGUCAGCUGGGGUCGUGACCUCAUGACGGUCAUUCCCAAAGCAGAGGAAUACUGCAGGAAAACCAUCCGGCAUAUGGCAGAAUAUCAGGAGAAGUGGUUUUACUUUGAGGCCAAAUGGCAGUUUUAUUUGGAGGAGAGAGGAAUAGAAGACGGUCAAAGUAAACCGAUACUCCCUGACCGAUACGACGCUGAAGAGACAGACAAGAUGUACAAGCACUGGAGUUCAGAGGGCUGUCCCGGACGCAGGGGUCACGAUGCACCUAUGAUUGCGUACGACGCUCUGCUGGCAGCCGGAUCCAGCUGGGAGGAGCUGUGCAAACGGGCCAUGUUUCACGGAGGCGAGAGCAGUGCGACAGGUCUGAUCGCCGGCUGUCUUUAUGGGCUGCUCUACGGGAUCGACCAGGUUCCUGCUGGACUCUAUCAGAAUUUGGACAAAAGACAAAAACUGGAAGAUCUGGGAGGACGAUUAUACCGAGCAGCGGCAGUAGAGAAGUAAAGCUGACGUCUGUGCCACCGCCUUUAUUAACAUACUUGGAGUUAAUCCCACAUUUAUAUGGACUCAGGCAGUUUAGUUAUCUUAAACCUGUAGCAUUUGGAAAAAAUACAAAAAUAAUAAAACUGCUAUUUCUGAAAGAGAUUAUACAUGAACAUUUUAAAAGAAAUGGGACAUCAAUA